AUGCCACCAAAACAACAUCGGGUAUCUCAAAAUUUGGUGGAGCAAGAGGGGAGGAUCCUACUUACUAUUUCUGCUUUAAAAAAAAACGAAAUAUCGAGUACUCGUCGCGCAGCAGAGGUUUUUAAUAUGCCUCCCUCUACACUCCGGGACCGACUACAAGGCCGGCAAUAUCGAGCAGAACAACGCGCCAACUCUCAUAGGCUAUCUGAAACUCAGGAAGAGGUCUUAAUAAGAUGGAUAGUAUCUAGGGACAUGCGUGGAGCAGCUCCUAGGCCGUCCCAGGUGACAGAAAUGGCCAAUCUUAUCCUACAAGCAGACAACCCGCCUGGAUACACGCCUCUAAGCAAGAACUGGACCACAACCUUUACUAGAAGGCGCCCGGAGGUCAAGAGCCGCUUUGCACGAAGAUAUAAUUACCAGCGAGCCAAAUGUGAGGAUCCUAGAGUUAUUAGAGCGUGGUUUGAGCAGCUACAGAGGGUUCGAAUAGAGUAUGGGAUUCAGGAUGAAGAUAUCUUCAAUUUUGACGAAACAGGCUUUACAAUGGGCAUUUUAGCUACCUCUAAGGUAGUUACAAGAGCUAAUAUACCUGGAAAACCUCAUCUUAUUCAGCCAGGCAAUCGGGAAUGGGUGACAACCAUCGAGAGUAUCAAUACAAUAGGAUGGGCCCUUCCUUCUACUAUUAUCUUUAAAGAAAAGAUCUAUAUAGAAGGAUGGUUUCAAGAAGGCCGCUUACCAGAGGAUUAG